AACUCCAGACUGCUUGGUGCACUCUCGCAUAACGCGCUUGGCUUAAAUUUCUUGCGAGUGCGAAACUGCAUAUUAAACAUCUCCAUCCAAGGAUCACCAUGUGGAAAAUAGUAUUAUACGCUGUGUUGAUUAUAACAGUUAACGGUUAUCCCGUAAACGAUGAAGAUAUAGAUAAGAGCAAAGGCAGGACAGAUGAAAACGAUCUAAACCUCGUCGCAUACAUCCAAAGCUUCAAGGACGUUAUGCUAGACUACGUGAAGUCACAAUAUCCGAACCUAACCGUUAAUGAAAUGGAAUCCAUAAAGGAGGCUCUAGAAGAUUUUCUCCAUGCCUUCGCUAAGGACCUCAAAGAAGUAGUCGAGAAGACGCAUGACAAUACAGAAAUAGAAGAUAUCAACGAUGGCAUACCCGACGCUACGUUCGAUGACGUUAAAAAGAACAUAAAAAAUCAACUACCUAAUAUGAGUGAUGAGGACGCUAGUUUAAUAGUGUACAAGUUAAGACGAAAUCUAAUGAUAACACGACACAAAAUAGAUAAAAUUGUAAAAGAUUCAGAGACAGCGAUGAUAGAGAAUGAUAGUUAAUCCAUAUAAACAGUAAAAAUUAGAAAAAGUAACCUAAAAAUAUAGUAGCUAUUUCUGAAAUAAUUAAAUAAUAAAUAUCAUCGAAUUCAACAUUGGUUUCCCAAUUUAAAAGUUGAUGAUUAUUAACGAAGAGAAUAUAAUCACUACGUGAAUAUCUUUGUGAAUAUUAAUUACGCCCACUUAAGAUUUUGACACAAGCCAUAUUAUAUUCUGUCAAAUUCUCAAUUUCAUUACAGAUAAGUAAUUAAUAAUAAUAAUAGUAAUUACUAAUUAAUAAUAGCAAUUAAUGAUAAUCGUCUCUGAGUGUCUUUGUAAACUGUUAGUGCUAUUUUUAAAAUUAAAUUGAUUUUCCUUUGGUA